AUGAGUACCGAAAGUGGUGGUUCGUCGUCCAAGAGACGAUGCGUUAGCACCGCAUGCAUUGCAUGCCGCCGCAGGAAGUCUAAGUGCGAUGGAAACCUACCCAGUUGUGCGGCUUGCUCUUCGGUUUACCAUACUCCCUGCGUAUAUGACCCAAACUCCGACCACCGCCGUAAAGGUGUGUAUAAGAAAGAUACCGAUACGCUGCGAACGCGUAACACAACCUUGCAGGCCUUGAUCCAGGCCAUCUUGAACUAUGAGGAAGACGAUGCGUUUGAGCUAGUGCGCCAAAUUCGUUCAUGUGAUGAUCUCGAAGAGGUGGCGGAAUCGGUUGUUGCUCGGGAAAGAGGGCAAGCCUCUGCUGCCGAGAGGAAACAUGAAACAAUCGGCGAUGAGAGAACAGGACAGCCCGACCAGUUCGAGUCGGAACUGGCGGGCAAGAUGAGCGAGUUACUGCUGGAUGGUUCUCGCAAAUUUAUCGGUGGCACAUCAAACCUCAUUUUUCUCCCACCGGGCUCGGAACUGCAUGAAUCGGCUUCACUCACGGAGCCUCCUGCCCUUGAUCGUGAACCCGAUGCCCAGCCUGUGAGGCGAUGGACCCGAGUCACGGAUGAUGACUCGUUGGUCAGCCAUCUCUUGACCAUGUACUUCACGUGGCACUACCCGUUCUUCACCAUUCUUGCCAAAGACCUCUUUCAUCAAGACUACAUCCGCGGCAUCUCCAGUCCAUACUGCUCUGCCCUGCUGGUCAAUGCCAUGUUGGCUCUUGGCUGUCAUUUUAGCACGUGGCAAGGUGCCUUCGAUGAUCCCAAGAAUCUCGCAACAGCAGGCAAUCAUUUCUUCAAAGAGGCGAAGAGACUGGUCUUGGAACACGACGAACACGAGAAUGCAAAGCUUUGUACGGUUCAGGCAUUUGCUCUAAUGUCUGUGCGAGAAGCUGGUUGUGGCCGAGAGGGCAAAGGCUGGGUCUAUAGUGGUCUGAGUUUCCGCAUGGCCUUUGAUCUUGGGCUGAAUCUUGACGCCACGAAUCUCGGAACACAUAGUCUCAGUGAUGAAGAAAUGGAUGCGCGGCGGAUCACCUUUUGGGGCUGCUACCUCAUUGACAAGUGUUGGUCGAACUACCUUGGCCGUCAACCUCAACUAUCCUCCGUGAACGCCAGCGUGCCCAAAUUCGAUGUCUUGCCCCGGGAGGAAACGGAGCUGUGGUCGCCCUAUACGGAUUCCGGUGUGGGCCAUGAUUACACUCAGCCCUCUCGGACUCGCGCAGUCGCUCGUCAAAUAUUAAAGCUCUGCGAAAUCAGCAGCGAUCUUCUGGUGUUUUUCUAUCAUCCAGCAGAACUGGAAAAGGCGCAGGCAAAACAGUCGGAGCUGAAGAAAUUGAGCGACGUCCAUACCCGGCUCGAAGCAUGGAAAAAGGAAUUGCCCAAGGAGUUUGAACCCAAGGAAGGAAAGCUUCCCCAGGUACUUGUCAUGCACAUGCUUUACCAACUGCUCCUCAUCCACCUCUACCGCCCUUUUUUGAAGUAUAACAAGACCAGCACUCCGCUUCCCUUGCAUGUCUCGCCGCGCAAAAUAUGCACGCAGGCCGCUGCAGCCAUCUCCAAACUCUUGCGGAUAUACAAGCGUACCUAUGGGCUCAAACAAAUCUGCAAUAUCGUUGUCUAUAUUGCCCAUACCGCCUGCACUAUCCACCUCCUCAAUCUCCCAGACAAGACUGCCCAGAGAGAUAUUAUCCACGGCCUCAAAAGCCUCGAAGAAAUGGCCGAGAGCUGGCUGUGUGCCCGGCGAACCCUACGCAUCCUGGACAUUUCCGCCAACAAAUGGCAGGUCGAACUCCCUGCUGAAGCAAAUUCUGUAUUCGAGCACACCCAUACCAAAUGGGGUUCCUGGGGCUCUUGGGACCAAGCCACAUCCCCCUCCACCUCGGAUGACUCUUCAAUAACGAACACCAGCCUGAACCCCUCGACCACAAGCCCCAGUCGCUUUUCCCCCUCUGCAAGCCAUCUUCCACAGGCUGCGCCCAUCGAACCUCUGCCAUCAAAUCAGGUCGCAAUGGCCGGGGCACCCGUGAACCCCCUCUACCCCAGCGCCUCCACCAUCCCAACAUCCUUCCCCUCCAUGCGAGCCGCCCAUCGUACCCUAGGCUCCCAGCUUCAGCGACCCGAUUUCCCCCCACCAGAACCGACAUAUCUCCGUCCCAUCUCGCACGUCGGGUACCAAUUCCCAGCCCUCGUACCUUCGGGUCCGUCUUCGUCGCCGCAGCCAAAUACAACUUGGUACGAUGCGACUGGGACCCCAAUGCGCGCCCCAGCAACAACCCCAACCUCGACUGCAUCACCGAUUUCGGGAUUCGAUGGCACGGAGGUCUUGGUCCAAGAGAGCCAGGAUUGGUGGUCGCGCAAUGCUGCCGUGUUGGGUAUCGGGAUAGAGGAUUGGAGCGGUACAUGGCAGCCCGGUUUGCCGAACCAGCCUCCUCCUCCCUCUCAUCUCCCAUACGAUGCCAGCAGUCCAAUGUCUACUGGCCCGCACCAUAGGCCAACUCCCGGUCCUGGACAUCAGCCACAGGUUCCGGUUGUGAUACCCGAAGUUGUGUCUACGCCAGAUCCCGGCGCCACGCCAGGGUCAGGGUAUGGAGACCAGUGGGAGUGA